UCGUGAAUUGUCGAUUUUCGAUAUUCUUUUGUCAUGAGAUUAAUUUUUAAACAAUCAAACCAUUAAUUUCCACUUCCAUCAUGUCUUUCGGUGGAUUAAUUAUUAAUCCGAUGAGAUAUUCCUUUUUGUAAUAAUAAAAGUUGAUUUAUUCAUUUCUGAUGGAGAUAUUGAUGUGAAAAUACAGAGAAAUUCCAGAAAAAAAUUCAGAAAUCUCGGAGUUGAAUGUUGAUCGGUUGCAUAGCAACAAAUUGCGAAUGAAUCGUCGACCCAAACUCCAAACAAAUAUAUCUUCUCACGAUACAGUACUAUCAUUACUCCGAACUUUAUCCAAAAGUUUUGCGAUAAGAAGAAGUGUGAAACAUCACGCAGUGAAGUGUUCCCCAUAACGACCUCUCGAUACUCAUUACUGAAGCGAUUAAAAUUAUUACUUCAACACUAGAUAAUCUAAUUAAGCGUCGUGUCCAGGUCAUGACGUUAAAAAAAUAAAUCCAUAAAUCAAACAGAAAUCAAACUCCAUUAAAUUCCACAGUACUCCAAGGAUUUCCACACUUUCUCAAUAAUAGAAUCGAAAUGCUACACUUGCUCUCGAGUGUAGACGAUGAAGAGUUGUUAACCUGCAAUUCGAUGAUGGGAAAUGUCUCGAAAGACUUGGAGAAUCCGCCAAAGAAUGUUGUCAGAAGACAGCUUCAAAAUUUUUCUGAAUUUUCUUAUUCGGAAAGUAUCAAGGUGACAAUUAAGGAAAAACCGAUCGUUGAAUCGAAAGAAUACCGAUUAAAUCUUCUAGGUUGGGCCUUCCAGGCGUUCCUGUCCCAUCUCCAGAGGACAAAACGUCUCUGCGAAUUGAAGAUAAAAACACACGAGCGUCUGGUCACCCUGGAAUUAAAACGUCACUUCAGGAUUUGGAAAUCAAGAGUGGAUGAGAGAAAAAAGGAACUCCCGGCGAUAAAAAAUGAUUUGUCUGACGACCAGAAGAUCCAGGAGUUUGUGGAUGCACUGGUGGAGAAGCAGAAGCCAUUGAGGAGAGUCGAUACGACCGGAGGUGCAUCACGAAGACCUCCAGAAGAGAAGGAGGAGAAGGAGUUGAUGGUUAGACCAGGAAAAAUAGUGGAAUCCUCUCUGCAGAAGCGCUUAUCAUUCCAGAAGAAGAUCAUCACUGAGCAGAGAUUGAAGCUGGUCCAGCAGAAUCAGAUAAUCGAGGAGAUGAGACUGAAGAGACUCUCCGAGGAAUCCCACCUGGCGAAAGAGAAAACGCUCACGACUGCUAGACAAGUGCUGAAGAAAUGCAGACAGAGGACAAGAAGCGACUUGAUGCAGUUGAUGAGGACAGAGGGAGUUGAUUCCCCUGGAGGAGAUUUUUCGAGGACAAAUGGGUCUGGAGCCUGUCAGACCCCGGAUUUUAUCUUCAGGAUGGAGGCGAGGGCUCAACGACGGAGGGAGAGGCUGCGGGAAGCUAGGGAAAAGCAGAGGGAACGACUGGAGAUUCAGAGACAGCAGGAAGAAGACAGGAAGAAGGAAGAGGAGGAGAAGCAGAAGAGCCUGAAACUGGAGGCACAGCGCAGGGCUAGACGACUUCUUCAGGAGCAACGGAGGAAGAAGAUUAUUGAAGCUGAGAGGCUGAGGCUUUCCAAUGAAAUCAUCGAGAGGUUCUACAGGAGGUACCUCUUGAGGAAUUAUAUUCUGAUGCCUUUUGUCAGGAUUCUGCAGGAGGAAAAACACCUUUUGCAAAUUGCUGACGAGCAUUUCUACAGUACUUCCUUGAAGAGGAGUUUUGGGACUUGGAAAAACGUGACGAGACAAUCGGUUGAGGCGAAGGUGAGGAGGUGCACUACGAUCUGCAAUGGAAAUAUUCUAUUUCGAUUUUUCAGCGAAUGGGUGGAGAUGGCGAGGGAGAGGGCGAAGAAAUUUCAAAUCGCCUGGGAUUUUUACAGGGCGAGGGUGUGUGGGAGGUAUUUGAGGGCCUGGUAUCACCGAGCUCUGGAGAUGAAGGCCAAGUCUCUGGAGACCCUGCAAUUCGUCGAGAAUUAUUACGAUGAGAAGAUGAUGCGCAAGUACUUCCGGAUGUGGGGGACGUACACUAGAAUUUCGGAGGAUGUGAAUGAGAGCGACAGGCAGAAGGAAAAAUUUAGGGCACUUGUGCAAAAUGUUGUCCCUAAUUUCUGUCCCAAGCACAGGGGAGUCAUCAGGGAUUAGUGAUUAAUACAAUUCUUCAGGUUCAUCAGUGGCACGAUGAAUCGGGUUUAUUUAAACUUUUAAUAUGCAAUACUGAUGGUUUCAUACACGUUUUUUUUUAACGUGAAAUUUGAGGCCAAUUUUAUAAUUGUAUUUUUAUUAUUAUGGUGAAAGGUGUGACGAUAUCGUAUAUGUUUUAUCACAGCUGUAAUUAAUUUCUUCGUUAGUGCCCAUUACGUUUUAAUUUUUACAGACGAUUGUAGCGAUUUUUUUUAAUUUCUAGUGAUUUUUGGGGUUUCUAUUGAAAUUUUAUUUUUUAUUUGAAAGGAAUAUUUAACAUAAACCUCUUGAUUUUCAAACAGAAUGAGAAAUAAAUAAUAAACGAUCAAUAGAAAUCCAAUAGAAUUGUCCAACAAAUUCAUCAACCUUUAGUCGGUAAUUUUUUUAUACAUGAACACUACGCGAUCACAAUAUAUUACAUAAAAAACAGCCAGUGCUAUUCUCGCUUUAAUCUUUGUAAAACGAUAUUUAAUUUUCUCCAUUGCAAAACUAGAAAUCAUAACUCAU